CCGCCAAAAAAAUUGAGUCUUUUCAGAAGAAGAAGGUUGCGAAAAAAGAAACAAACCCAUUUGAAAUUAUGUUUAUUUCCACCCUAAAUUCUCAAUCUUUCUUCCUGAAAUUCUAAAAAAAAAAAAAAACAAAUUGUCUAUUUUUAGUAAAAAUUCAAUCCCGUCUUCAAGUUGCAGAGAUUUAGUAAGUGGAAAAAGGUUUUGAAAGAUGGUUUCACAUGAAGAGAACACAAGUAUUGUCGAAUGGUUUCUUGGUCCACAUCCAUACACGUAUCCUCCUUAUGGUAUUGAGAUGAUUCAUGAUGACGAUGAUGAAGUAGCUAAUCAUCAUCAACACCACCAGAGCGGUGAGUAUUACAGAGAUUAUGAAGAUCGUCGUAGAAGUGAUGUAGAUAAUGAUGAGAUCAUUGCAAGAACUCUCCAAGACGAACUUUUGCAGCUUGAAAUCGCUGAAAGUAAUGAUUAUUCCCAUCAACAACAACAACAACAUCAGCAAGAAGGUUAUACUAACAACUAUAGUAAUAACAACAACGAAUAUGCUUGGAAUGAUCAGUCUGCUGUGGAUUAUUCUUCAGAAUGGGUAGGAAAUGAUAAUGAUCAAGAUGGGAGGAGUGAUGAUUCGGUAAAUGUCUUUUCGUGUUCAAGCCCGAGUGACACGGAUGAAUAUGUGUACUCAUGGGAAUCUGAUCAAUGUGAUGCUGAUGGUGAAUUUGGCAGGAGACUGAAUCAAAUGGUUCCCAUUCCGUACAUACCGAAAAUAAAUGGUGAAAUUCCUCCAGAAGAAGAAGCAGUUUCAGAUCAUGAGAGACUUCGGAAUAGGUUAGAGAUGUUUGACUUCACUGAGGUUAAGGUUCCAGGAGAUGGUAAUUGCCAGUUCCGUGCUUUAGCUGAUCAACUAUACAAAACCGCAGACCGCCAUAAACAUGUUAGACGACAAAUAGUAAAACAGCUCAAAUCUCGUCCAGAUUCUUAUCAAGGAUAUGUUCCUAUGGACUUCUCUGAGUACCUAAAAAAGAUGUCUCGGAGCGGUGAGUGGGGUGAUCAUGUGACAUUACAGGCAGCUGCAGAUGCGUAUCGGGUGAAAAUAGUAGUCGUAACAUCGUUCAAAGAUACAUGUUACAUCGAAAUUCUUCCUACCUCCCAAGAAUCCAAAGGAGUAAUCUUCUUGAGCUUCUGGGCAGAGGUUCACUACAACGCCAUCUACUUAAACAGAGAUACAUCUGAAACAGAGCUACAGAGGAAGAGAAAAUGGUGGCGUUUCGGAAACUAGACAAUUCGUGGAUCAUCAUCAGCACUGGGUUAUAUUAAUAUUUUAUUGACUUGAGAGAGGGAUGUUCCUUGAAUUAGUCCCUUCGUAGAGAGAGAGAGAGGAUGAACAGAGCUCACAGCUUCAAAGUCUUACAAUAAUAUUAUUUUCUUCUUUGAAAGAGAGAAAAUUUAUCUGCCCAAAAAACAGAA